AUGGCGGAAGAAAGAGCAACAGUGACAGAGUCUUUACUUGUUAGGGAAGAACAUGGUGAUGGUGGUGGUGAGCUGCAGACUAGUUCAAGUGUCACUACUACUCUUGUUCUUGGCACCUUUGUGGCAGCUUCCAUUUCCUUUGGUUUUGAAUGUGUUAUGGGAUAUCCACCUACCACUCAGUCUGUGAUCAUGGAGGACCUGGGUCUUUCUCUUGCAGAGUAUUCACUUUUUGGUUCAAUGUUAAAUGCUGGAUCGAUUGUAGGUGCAUUAGCAAGUGGGAAGACAACAGAUCUCCUUGGUCGUAAAUGUACUAUGUGGGUUUUGAACUUAUUCUACAUUGUGGGAUGGCUUGCAAUAGCAUUUGCAAAGGUUCCAUGGGUGCUUGAUGUAGGAAGAUUAUUGCUAGGAUUCAGGAAUGGAAUUGCUGGUUAUUUGGUAGCUGUGUAUGUUGCGGAGAUAACACCCAAGAAUCUUAGGGGAAGAUUUACAGCUCUAGUACAGAUGAUUGGUGUCGUAGGCGUUUCCAUGAUAUAUGUAAUUGGUCCUUUCAUCAAUUGGCGCGUCUUGGCUCUAAUAGUUAAACCACCUCCAGCCAGGAUUGGAAAGCUCAGUUGGGAAAUCAAGGAAUAG